AUGGCGACUCCGGGUAGGAAUACUGUCAAAGUUUUCGUGUAUAUAGGAGGCCAUAUUGUUCAUGAGGGAUUGUCAGUGAAUUAUGAUCAACCUCAUCAUACAGUCGUACGAGUGAAACGCGAUAUAUCUUUCUCUGACUUUUUGGCGAAAAUAUACUCACGUUGCCGAAUAGAUAGAAAUGAAUUUGUGUUAUCGGUGUCGGGCAAAAUAUCACGAUGGUAUCAAAAUCAGUGGAGCGAGAUAGUUUCUGAGAUAACAAGUGAUGAUGAUUUAGAAAUCUAUUUGCACCCGGAUGAAGGAAACGAUUCCAUAGAUGUUUAUGUUGAGUCUCAACCUUUAUACAAUCCUUUGAUACCUUCACAAUUCACUACAUCAGAGCCUCUCUACUCCCCUUCGAGACCUUCACAAUUCAGUACAUCAGAACCUCUCUAUUCCCCUUCGAGACCUUCACAAUUCACUACAUCAGAACCUCUCUACUCCCCUUCGAGACCUUCACAACAUUUUGAUUUGAAUGAUGCGUACAAUUCAUUUAUGCAAACAAGUCCUGAGUUAGUUGCGGUUACACAAGGGUUUUCCAAUAUGGGCUUUGAAGCGGGGCCAUCGAGGCAUUCUUAUCAAAAUCUUGGGGUACAUAUUGGGGAAUCAAGUGGCAUGAGAAAUGCUCAUGAAAAUUUUGAUCUUCCGAAUGAAACUCGUCAUUGUGAUAAUAAUGAUGACGAUGAUCCUUUCGGAGAUGCACAUGGGCCAAAUGUUCGAAGCGACUCUGAACCGUCCGACCAUGGAGACGAUGAUGAUAGUGGUGAAGAGAACAACGAUGAGAAUAUCGAAGCCGUUGAUGACGUUGUACAAACAAUAUCGCAGGCAGAAAUUCCAUCAACUUCUCAUGUUCAUGUCAGCAAUCCAUCAUUUGCAGAACCUCCUACUCAGUUUUAUGAUCCACCUUCGUACUACUCUCUGUCAUUUCCUGAAAUCCCAGCCGAUUCCAUUGAUGUUCCGUCGGGUAUGUGGUCAAAAUUUUAUGAUAGCAGCAAAGGUACUCUCGAAAAGGGGAUGAUUUUCGAUAGUAAAGCAAGGGUCAUUUCAGCCGUUAGAGACCACUCCAUUCGAUUUGCCAGAAGAGAGUUUAAAGUUAUCGAAAGUACAAAAAGAACUUGGAAGGUUAUCUGCAAACACGACACUGAAGCACGACCUUGCAGAUGGAGGCUAAGAGCAUCAAGAAUUGGGGAUAGAGGACAAUUUAGGAUUGGGAUCUACGAUGGCGAUCAUAGUUGCGGUAUGCAAGGGAUGACAAACAAUCAUGGCAACUUGAACAUCAAUUAUUGCGCCGCAAUUCUAUUGAAAAGUGUUCGUGAAAAUCCAGUUUGUGAAAUUUCAAAGGCAAGAGAGAUUGUGACCGCGCAAAUAGGAUAUGAGAUAUCCUACAUGAAGGCAUGUACAUAUAGUUGGGGUAGUUGUACUCUAGCAGUCCUCUACCACGAGUUGUGCAAAGCAUCGAAGAUAUCUGCAAAAGAAAUCAGUGGUCCUGUUCAAUUAUUACAGAUAUGGGCAUGGAUGCGGAUUCCUCCAUCAAGGCCCAUACCUACUCUGGCGAAAUGGGGCACAACACUUGAGUAUGCAGGAUAUGAGUUUCCCGUACCACCUUACGGUGCACGGUGGACCAACCAUGUCAGCUUCAUUGAGACUGGUGCACAUGUUCUUCGUAUAUUUAGGAUGAUGUUGGAUCAGAUGCUCCCAGAUCAGUUUAUAUGGACGCCAUAUGAUCUGGAUGAUCCGGAGUAUCAGUCUGUAGGUGGUGAUUCAACGAUCACAUGUAAUGGUAUAUGGGUAUCGAGAGUCCCCCUGAUAUGCUACGCAAUUGUGGAGAUGCAUCGACCAGACAGAGUAGUACGUCAGUUCGGGAUGGUACAACCCAUACCUGAACCUCCUGAAAAUACUGAGACGGAUUUCCGGAUGCACGUCAAUGCUAACCGUACAGGUGCUACCAACCGAGACUGGAGGCUUACACAUGUUUCGCAUGUUACCGCUUGGGAUAAUAGACUCGAUUAUAUUGUUGAUUAUCCAUAUGCCAGUGACAGUCAGACUACAGAAGAUGGUUAUUUUGAGUGGAUUUCAGGUUGGAGGUCAGAUUUCAAUGGAUACAGUGUGAAGAAAACCGAGGAAGUGGUGAGCAUAAUGCUGGCAAAGGGGUUCGUAUUGGGAAAAGAUGCCCUCAACAGGGCCAAGUCGUUCGACGACAAGCACCACCUGUCGUCGAACGCCUCCGCCACCAUGGCUUCCAUCGACCACAUGAUAGGGCUGAGUGAGAAGCUCAGCAUGGGGACCGCCUUGGUCAACGAUAACGUCAAGGAAAUGGAUGAGCUCCUCCAGGUGUCGGAAAUCCCCAAAUCGGGGUUAGCCGCCGCCGAGCAGAAGAUUCGGCCGGCGAUAAAGGCCCCCGCGCCAGUUCGAAGGACGGGUAAACUCGAAGCGAGAGCAAGGGCACGUGGCGUAGGGAUGUCUCUCAUCCGGUUCAACUCCGAUGACCGCGAGCAUGGGAUAUGUCUUUAA